UACAUGGGCUGUAUCGAAGUGCUGCAGUCAAUGAGGUCACUGGAUUUUGGCAUGAGAACCCAAGUUACAAGGGAAGCAAUAAGUCGCCUGUGUGAAGCUGUCUCUGGGGCAAAUGGAGCCAUUAAAAAGCGAAAGCCUCCAGUUAAGUUCCUAUCAACAGUUCUUGGCAAAAGUAAUCUUCAGUUUUCGGGAAUGAAUAUUAAGCUCACCAUCUCAACAUGCAGCCUCACGUUGAUGAAUAUUGACAACCAACAGAUUAUUGCAAAUCAUCAUAUGCAGUCUAUUUCAUUUGCCUCUGGAGGGGAUCCUGAUACCACAGACUAUGUUGCCUACGUAGCUAAAGAUCCAGUUAAUCAACGAGCCUGCCACAUAUUGGAAUGCCGCAGUGGAAUGGCCCAAGAUGUCAUCAGCACCAUAGGGCAGGCUUUUGAACUCCGGUUUAAACAGUAUUUGAAAAAUCCUUCUUUGAACACUUCUUGUGAAAGUGAGGAAGUGCCUCUUGACGGUCCUGCUGCGGAGAGAGAAGAUCAUGAGUAUUACAAUGAAAUCCCAGGGAAGCAGCCACCUGCAGGUGGUGUUUCAGAUGUGCGGAUCAAAGUCCAAGCCACAGAACAGACGGCCUACUGCCCCAUACGAUGUGAAAAGUUGUGCUAUUUGCCUGGAAACUCCAAAUGCAGCAGUGUGUACGAGAACUGUUUAGAACAAAGCAGGGCAAUAGGUAACGCACAGGAGAGAGGAGGGCAGUCCCAACAAGAUGCCUCAUUCAUGAAGCACACGUGUCGAGUGGAUUUCCUCAAUGACCCCUGCUACAUAAAUACACAAGCUCUUCAAAGUACACUUGGCUCUGCCCCAAAUCAAAGCUCAGCUCACUCACUGGGGAGCCCGUGGCACCGUCAAAAAGCACCAGAAACUGUUCAGCCAGGUGCUACAGCCCAGCCUGCCAGCUCACAUUCUUUGCCACACAUUAAGCAGCAGCUGCGGAAUGAAGACUGCUACCAUGGCAAGCUGAGCAGGAAGGCAGCAGAGAGCCUCUUGGUAAAGGAUGGGGACUUCUUGGUUCGAGAAAGUGCAACGUCUCCUGGUCAGUAUGUGCUAAGUGGACUGCAGGGAGGCCAGGCAAAGCAUCUUCUCCUGGUGGACCCUGAAGGCAAGGUAAGGACCAAGGAUCACGUGUUUGAUAAUGUUGGCCACCUCAUCAGAUACCACAUGGAUAAUAGUUUGCCAAUCAUCUCUUCUGGAAGUGAAGUAAGCCUUAAACAGCCAGUGAGAAAAGAUAAUAAUCCAGGACUUUUGCAGUCCAACAAAUGACAAUGUGGAAGUG